AUGGCCAGGGGACAGCCGGACCGCCAGGCUCACCGUGGCCUGGGGCCUCGAUUCUGGAACACGAUCCGCCAGAACUACAUUCUCGGCUUCACAUCAUUUGGCGGGCCACCGGUUCACUUCAAGAUUUUUCACGACAAGUUUGUAAAGAAGCUUCAAUGGAUCGACGAGCAGGUGUACCAGGAGCUUUUCAGCGUGUGCCAGGCCUUCUCGGGCCCUGGCAGCACCAAGAUGCACUACUGCAUCAAUCUCAUCCAUGAUGGCUUUCUCCCUGCUGUGCUGGGCUUCUUCAUAUGGAGCUUACCCGGAGCUUUCGGCAUGUACGGACUAUCCAUCGGGGUGUCCAAUAUCGGAACGUCUCUGCCCCGGCCGGUAUACGCCCUGCUCUCCGGCCUGAACGCCUCCACAGUGGGCAUCAUUGUCCUUGCCGCAGUCCAGCUGUCAGAAAAGGCCAUCACCGACAAGAUGACGCGCAUUCUGGUCUUUCUCGGUGCUGCCGCCGGCAUGCUCUACAACGCACUGUGGUACUUUCCGCUGCUCAUGUUCCUUGCUGGUGUUUCAACCGUGGUCCACGACCAGCGCUGGCUCCAUAAGCCGGUGAGAGCAGUGAUCACCAGGGCUAUGGCUGUGAAGAGGCGGGUUCGACGAGCGGGAGGCGGAGGUGUUGAUGCGUCUGCUCCUCCGCCAGAACCGGCCAACGAAGCUCCAAUAGAAGCGACACAAUCGACCCUCCCGCUCACUGAGGACGGGCACUCCUUUGCUGAACAGGAACCGCGCACCAUCCCACCGGAACGCAGGCUGAACUUUUCGUGGAAGUUUGGUCUCAGCGUCAUCGUGUGCUUCCUGGUCACCUUCAUCGUCAUCAUGGUCCUUCGCGGUACCUUGCAGGCCAAGUCGCUUCUUUUCAGCUUCUUCGCCAACAUGUACCUCGCGGGCACAAUUAUCUUUGGCGGUGGGCCCGUCGUCAUCCCACUGCUUCGGGAGUAUGUCGUCGCCGAGGGCUGGGUGUCUGCCCGAGACUUCCUGAUCGGUCUGGCCAUCCAACAGGCCUUUCCCGGGCCAAACUUCAAUUUCGCCGUGUACCUGGGUUCGCUGACGGCGAUAAACGGGGGCUACAACUCGGCUGCUGGGGCCGUCUUGGGCUUCAUUGCCAUCUUCGCCCCGGGUCUCAUUACGGUCCACGGUACGAUGGGCAUUUGGAGCGCGGUGCGCGGGCUUCGCUGGGUGAAGUCGAUGCUCAGGGGCGUCAACGCGGCCGCCGUUGGUCUCAUUUACACGGCCGUAUAUCGCCUCUGGCAGAUCGGGUACAUCGACGAGGGCUUUCAGCAGGGCACCAGUCUUGCGCUGGAACCCUGGUGGGUGGUGGUUACGGCGUCGAGCUAUGUUGGCGGGUACUGGUUUGGCGUCAGUCCUCCAGUCGCGAUUGUCAUGGGAGCAGUUCUGGGAUUGGUCUGGUAUGGUGUCGUUUCAAAUUGA